UGAAAACUGAUCGGAGACCUGUGGAAUCGUCGGGAUGGGGUGCGCGCUGCGUGUCUGUUAAUUAGGAUUUAACCCAUUUUGCGGCUAGACCAGCGAAAAGCUUCAUAUUUGAAAGGAACAUUCUGAUCUACAGCUACUCAAAGUUUCGUGCUGAGAGGCGGCCCGCGCACCCCGAUGCCGCCGGCUCCCAUCUCUUCGUGCUCGGCCGGGCCGCGCGCGCGCACCGACAGUGACACCCAGACGGAGCCGGCGCCCGGCCGGAAGCCCAACGGCGCCGCCGCCGGCUCGCCACACUCUCCGCCGCCGGCGGCCGCAGCGGGCAUGGACGCCGCCGAGCCGGCCGGCAGCGGCGGCGAGUCGGACGCGGACGCCGGCCCGGCGGCGGUCGGCGGCGGCGGCAGCUGGCUGCUCUCCCGUGUGCCGAUCCUGGGCGCCCUGGUGCACCACCGCUGCACGGACAAGGCCACGCAGACGCACCGCGACCCCGUGCAGGCGGAGGCCGAGAAGCUGGCGCUCGACACCGUUUACUUCGCCAUCGGCAAGCACCGCGAGCCGACCGGGGACCGGGUCUGUCAGACGCUGCGCCGCUGCGUGGACGAAAUCCUGGUGAAACACCGGCUGCUGUUCACGGGCAUGGUGACCCGGCUCUCGAUCCGCGAGGAGACCGGCUACCAGACGUUCGUGGGUGUGGCCGAUGAGCUGUUCGAGCGUGGACACGUCACCUGGGCGCGCAUCGUCACCUUCUACGCGUUCGGCGCGCGACUAGCCCUCUACUGUCAGGAGCAGGGCAUGGACGACUUCGUGUCCGAGAUCGCACGCUUCAUCGGCCUGUACGCGUCCGAACACCUGGCCGGCUUCGUGCGGCAGGAGGGAGGAUGGGCGGUGUUGUGCGACCAUUUCCGGUACCCGGAGGACAUGGAGUCCAAGGUGUGGAGCGCGCUAGUGAAGCUCGGUCUCGGCCUCGGCAUCGCCGCCACCGCGUCCCUCAUCUCGUCUCGCUGAGAGGGGGGCGGCGCCUCCGAGCUGACCACCCCUCCCCCUCCGCCGUCCUCCGGCGCACAGAGACGUUCGGCACAGCGCCGGACGCCGCAGUUUUAUCUGAGCGACCCCUACCAUUGUACAAACCGCGUGGUGCACCCGGGCCGGACAGGCGGGACACCACGUCGGAGGAGCGCACUUGGCGCCUCUGCUUCUCAAAGCGGUGCGCCGCGUCGGCCGCGCUCCCGCAGCAGUGUACGGCGUGUCGGCAGACGGCUUGGCCGCUGCUGUGUGUGUGAAGAGGCGCCGAUCCCACAGACGGGCGCUGCGGGCUGGGUUUUAGGGGCGGGGCUGGGACGGCGCGCCCGGCCGGCCGCCGGCAGUAGCCGUGUAGCGGUAGUCUAGUCAGGCGGGCGGGCCGGCCGGCCGGCGGAACCAGCAGCCGCUCGUCUUCCAGGGUCCGCCGCCGAGCGUCGGUCAGAGGCCGCGGCCCGACAGGAAUCUACACCGCGCUGUGUGGAGCGCCCCCGACCGUCAGCUGAGGGCGGUGUGAGGCCGGCCGUUGGCGGCCGCUCACAGGCCUCACUUACCUGUCUGUCGUAUUGUGUGUGCUCGUGUGUGUCUGCCCUAUGUGUGUGCGUGUGUGCGUCUGUAUGUGUCUGAGCUCGUCAGAGUGUGUGCGUUUCCAAUCAGAUGCCUGGUCAGGGUGUGUGUGCGCGCGCGUGCCGCUGCGCACUGUCGCGGUGACGCCUGCCUCUCACGUUAUUUAUUGCGUCGCCCGGGCUCGGCCCGUGCCGCUCGCUUCGCAUUGGCGACGCACGGCACUGGGGACACCGCAUUGGUUCAUUCAGUUUAUUUUUGUAUUAAUUGCUCUGCAUAGUGUAAUAAAAAAUAAUCGUCCAGGGUA